AUGGAUGAUCCAGAUUGUUCUGUUGGAGAAAUACGAUUUUCAUUAUUUUACCAGAAGGAUCGUCUUUCAAUUAUUAUUUUUAGGGCUCAGAAACUUGAUCCAUCAAUAAACGAAGCCAUGGUUCGAAUAUAUCUCGUACAGCCAGGAAGAAGAGUACUGAAAAAGAAAACAUCGGUAAAACCAGUUAUUGAUCAUUGUGUUGACUUUAGCGAAUCAAUUUUCAUCAAUAUAUCUCAAAGCAAAUUACAAAAAAGCAAUAUCCGGUUAAGUUUUGUCGCCAUAGAUUAUCAAAAUACCAAUAGUGUUGGACAUGUGACAAUCGGCCCAAGAACUAGCGGUAAAGAACUCGGCCAUUGGCAAAGGUUGCUCUUGCCUCAUGAUCGACCUAUUAUGAUGUCGCAUUAUAUUAAGCCUAAAAUUAGAACGCAAAAGCGAGAUUAA